AUGAGCUCCCCGCCCGGCCAUGCCCAUCUGCAUGGCCACGACCAAGAUGGCACCUUCCCCUUUCCACAACACCAAGAUGCCGAAGACUCGUUCCUGACAGCCCAUGAGACCGUCAGCCAUCCCGGCAGCCCCGUACCUUUCCCGGACCAGCCCGUCCAGUCCCUCGAGGACGAACUGAGUGCACAAGACAUCGCCGACGUCGACGACGUAGCCGACCUUGGUCCACAAACCCCCGAUCUCGCCAGUCCCUCCGAGUCUGCUUCUAUCCCAGAUGACACUCCUUCCGUCCAAGGUUCGGUAGCAUCCUCGCUACCCGUCCGCCGGCCCCGUCUAAACCCGCGUGCCUCGACCAACUCUCCGCGCACCCCUUCUGGUGCCCUUCAGCCUUUCGAGCGACGCUUUAGCUCUAGGUUCACCUCGCCCUCGCCUUCGUCACGCGCCGCCUCACCCGCCUUCCUGACUCCACACUCUCGCCAAUCCUCCCUCUCUUCGCAGAUUGUCCUGUCGCAAGGUGGCAGUGAUAUUGCAGAUGCUCCAGACGCCCCUUGGGAGGUUGUACGAUGGACAAGAUUACGGAAGAUCACAUCUCAGGCUUUCUCGGAAGCUGGCAGACGCAACUUUGGUACCCUGGUUUGUCUGGCCGUCUCCUCGUCCAUCUCUGUCGGCACGUCCAAAGGCCUGAUCCUGGUCUUUGACUACCAUCAGACUCUCAAGGGAAUCAUUGGCCAAGGCACAAAAGCUAUCGAGUGUGGUGCCAUCACUGCUCUUGCCAUCUCUGCCGACUACUCCGCCAUCGCUGCUGGUCAUGCCACAGGCCACAUCUUUACCUGGGAACUCGCCCGUCCUGCUAAGCCCUUCUUGCAUAUUCCUCCCACACCAAGAGAUGACCAAUCGCAUUCUCCAGAUGGUCAUGUACCUGGUCGAUCAGUCUUACAUAUUGGCUUUCUCGGCACACGCCGUACCGCUCUUGUCUCUGCAGAUGAUGGUGGCAUGGCCUUCUCUCACCUCGCAUCUCGCGGUAUGGGGGCCAUCUCUCGCUCUGUCAAGACUACUCGCUUGCUGGGACGCUAUCCGGCCCCUAACCUGCAAGAAGAGAUCCGGAUCAAACCUAGUUCUGUCCUUGCUUUCGCACCACUUCCUCUGGGAAACGUAGAGCAGGCUACUGAUGCUAUGGGGCUCACAGCUCUGCUCACUCCGUAUUUGCUUGUUAUCGUGUCCACCACACCGGUCGCACAAACACAGCACAAGGCCUCGAGACCAAAGUCGAUAUCACGCCACAGUGCCAUGAGUGGCUGUCUCGCUUGGUUCCCAGCAGUCAAGUUAAAAAGUAGCAACAGUACCAGCGAACGUGACACUUCCGAGACCAAACUCGUCUACUGUUGGUCAAACGUUCUGACAGUACUCGAUGUCGACGUCCAAGUUUCACAAGAUCCAGCGGACAAGGAGAAGCCUCCAAACUUGUUCUUCCAUCAGCGGAGUAGCUGGGAGUGCGAAGAAGCCAUUGUCGCAGUGCAGUGGCUGAGUCGUUCCGUCAUUGGCGUACUCACCAUCAGCCAGCAGUUGAUCAUCAUAGAAGACGGCGAGUUACAUGUCAUGGACUCUGUGGAUCUUUUGCACAGACAGAUACAUCAUCGCGAUAUCUUUUCGAAGCAACUGCAUCCUGUCGUUGAACAGGCUGACAAUGAGCACUCGGAAAUGCACGGAGUCAUUGCAGAUGCUUUCUACCAGAGUUUCCGAGUUUACAAGAAUCGACUCUUUCUUCUUGGAGCAAGCGAUCUUUCUGUUGGCACACUCUCAAAUUGGGCAGAUAGAUUGACUGCAUUGAUCGAACAUGGUGACUAUAUUGCGGCUAUACAGCUUGCCAGAGCAUACUAUACUGGACAAGCUGGUGGUGUCACAGUAGGUCUGCCGGACAAUGCAGAUGCUCGACAUGAGUUGGUCAACGGGAGAUUACUCGAACUCAUGUCUGCGUCCAUUCUGUUUUCCUUCUCAGAGAACAACAACAGUGGGCGACCGCUGUCUGAUCUUGUGGCUGAGUGUUUCGAUGCUUGUGUGAGCAUGGACAACCAAAGCUUUCUAUUCGAUGACAUCUACGAGCCAUUGAGAGAUGCUGGUCAGAGAGAAGUGUUCCUCGAGAUCCUGCAAUCUUAUAUCAUGGAUGAAGAGGUCACAGCUUUGCCGCCGCCGUUAGUAAAAGACUUGGUGGAGAGUUGCACUGCGAAGAACCAAGUCGCUCAUCUAGAAGAGCUCUUGUGCCGGCUGGAUCCGCGCAUGUUUGAUCUGGACCAGAUCACAACUCUUUGCAAAACACACUACUUAUACGAUGCAUUAACCUUUGUCUGGAAUGAGGCUUUGAACGAGUAUGUCACUCCAUUGACUGACUUUUUGGCACUCUUGCGCGAUGUCAAAGAUGUUCGAGACCAGACAGAGGAGGCAGCUUUAGAGUCGGUCGUCAAAGUGUUUCCUUAUCUUGCUUUCAUCCUGACAGGAAGGAAGUACCCACAAGGAGACUUCCUCGACGACGAAAAAGCCGACACCCAAAAGGGAAACAUCUACCGAUAUUUGUUUUCCCACGAACCUACCCCAUGGCCACCAGGAUCUUCGUUCAUCUUGAGAACCAGACAGAAUCCUUCAGACGAGCCCGCCUUCCCUUACUUACGACUUUUGCUCGAGUAUGAUUCGGCAAGCUUCAUGAGCAUGAUGACAGAAGCUUUCGAAGACCCCUACCUCAAUGACUCGCAAGAAGACGACACUACGUCUGUUCAACCAAAGACUAAUGGCAACGGUCUGAAGAUAACUCGACAAUAUAUUGUCAGUGUUCUGCUUGACAUAAUGUCAUCGGGUGAUUUCAUUCCUGAACAAACAAUCUACCUCGACAUGUUCAUCGCUAGGAACUUGCCAAAAUACCCCCAGUUCAUGGUGUUGUCGAGUUCUUCUCUACACCAAGUUCUUGACCGACUUUGCAGCUUCCGCGAGGAUGGUUUGGCUGACGACUGCCAACUCAGUGCUGAGUAUCUUCUAUCUGUAUAUCAUCCUCCUAUCACGACUGCACUGAUUGAAAAACUUCGAGAUGCCCAAUUCUACCGCGUGCUCAAGACGUUGUACAGAACCGAGCACAGACCUGUCGAUCUCCUCAACACAUACUUCGAAGAUCCGCAAGGGAAGAAUGGCAUAUUUGACGAUCUAGCAUACGCUCUACAAGAGUCUCAUGGCAAGCAAACAUCCCAGCUGAAGGACGUCUUAUGUGAACACGCACAAGAGUUGGCAUCCAUAAACACUUCGAAGACUGCACAUGCCCUUGCGAGAUAUACCGACGACAUCCUCGAGCGAUUUGUUGACGCCGUCGAGGAAUCAUACACUCGAUUCCACUUCUUACGCACAUUACUCGAGCCCUCACUGCUUGACCAACGUUCUAGGAAGAUCGCAAGCGAGCCUGUCUCAGAAGCCCUUGUGUCACGCUUUUGUGAACAAUAUGUCGAGCUCAUGUGUGUUCAUGAUCCUCGACAUGUGUCUGACUAUGUUGGACUGCUAAAGUCUGGUGAUCUGGAUCUUGAUCGUGUGCUUCCUUCAUUGGAAGAAAAUGGAGUGGUCGAUGCGGCGGUCUUGCUUAUGGCUCAGGAUGGACUGGCAAGAGAUGCGAUAGAUAGACUCUGCAAGCAUCUGCGGACGUUACAGAACGCCAUCUGCAGUCUGAUUCAAGCAGCAUCAGAGGCACCGGACGUACAAAGCACAGAAGAAGCGACUGACGAUCUACUAGAAGCCAUCGAGAAGUACACACGUCUAGGUAUCUGGCUCUGCAACGGACAAAGCGCAGCAAUGCAUCAACCACGCCAACCACGCCAACGCACAAACAUCGCCUGGGAUAUCAAGGAGACCGACCUAGAACUAGACGAACUGCUCUGGCUUAACCUUAUCGAUGCCAUCGUCUUGGUCUCCAAAUCCGUGUUCGCAGAAACCAAUGACCUUGUUGACGACAGCUCUUUCGAUAUCGACAGAACGAACAACGCUCUCCGCGGCACCGUCCAGCAAACCUUCACAGCCCUCCUCAGCGCCACCUCAACCACAUUCAGGAAACCAGAAGAUGACGAAGACCGUCAGACUACUCGUCGCAGCCAGCACAACCAAUCCUUCCUCUACAUCUUCCGCGCCUUCCUCUCUCGCGUCUCUUCCUCUUACGCGCCUACCCUCUCCGAUCUUCGCGCAGUCCUCCUCGACGUCUUUGCAGCCUAUGCCCACGAGUCCUCAGUCUUGAACUUGGCUUCCUCAAUGCUUGACGUCGACGUCUUUGCCGACAUGGACAGCAUUCAUAGCCUACGAAACCGGGGCUGGCGCCCUCGCACCCAGAUCUGCGAACUUUGCAAGAAGCGCGCUUGGGGCACUGGAGUCGGUGUUGUAGAACAUGACCACGAGGCCAUCUGGGAAGAGUUUGAACGUCUCGAAGAGCAAAGGUUGGAGAACAAGGCACAGAAGGCCAAACCACUGGAUAACGGGAAGGGCAAAUCUGUGCAAGUGGGAGGUGGUGUGGCAGAGAGGACUAAAGAUAGAGAAGAAGUGGUCAAGAAACAGACGCUAGUGGUCUUUGCUUGCAGGCAUACUAUGCAUCGGGUUUGUCUUGAGGUCGAGAUGGCUGGAGUUGUCAGUGCGGGUGAGGAGGAAAGUAGUGGGUAUUUCUGUCCCGUGUGUCAUGAAGAGUAG